AUGAAGCUCAACGUCAGCUACCCGGCCACCGGAGCCCAGAAGCUCAUUGAGAUUGAGGAUGAGCGCAAGCUGCGCGUCUUCAUGGAGAAGAGGAUGGGUGCUGAGGUUCCCGCCGACUCCAUUGGCGACGAGUGGAAGGGCUACAUUGUGAAGAUCACCGGCGGAAACGACAAGCAGGGUUUCCCGAUGAAGCAGGGCGUUCUCCAACCCGUCCGUGUCCGACUCCUCCUCUCCGACGGCCACUCUUGCUACCGCCCCCGCCGCACCGGUGAGCGCAAGCGCAAGUCCGUCCGCGGCUGCAUCGUCGGCAUGGAUCUCUCCGUCCUUGCCCUGUCGAUCGUCAAGCAGGGCGAGCAGGACAUCCCCGGCCUGACCGACGUUGUCCACCCCAAGCGCCUCGGCCCCAAGCGCGCCACCAAGAUCCGAAAGUUCUUCGGCCUCACCAAGGAAGACGAUGUCCGAAAGUACGUCAUUCGACGUGAAGUCCAGCCCAAGGGCGAGGGCAAGAAGCCUUACACCAAGGCCCCCAAGAUCCAGAGACUCGUCACCCCCCAGCGUCUCCAGCACAAGCGUCACCGGAUCGCACUCAAGCGCCGCCAGGCUGAGAAGGUCAAGGACGAGGCCAACGAGUACGCUCAGAUCCUGGCCAAGCGCGUUGCUGAGGCCAAGGCACAGAAGGCCGAUCUCCGCAAGCGACGAGCAAGCUCUAUGCACAAGUAG